AUGGGAAAAGGAUGCACGUGUUCCUCUAGUCGGCGCGUUGCUGCUGUAGCGAAACCGAUGGUUGCGUGCGCUUCACGAGCUCGAGAUCGCCGGAGGAAAAGGGCUGGAUUGAGGGCGAUAUUAAAAGGGUCAACUUUUGCUGAUGAAUGGAGAUGUUUGAUCGGCUUAUUGGGGCGAAUCACAAAUCAAAGUGCUCGCGAACGCGGACGGAGGGCUCGCACGGCCGCGGCUGCUGGCGCGGCAGAGGAAGCGGGAAGCAUCGCCGAAACUGGGGGGGACGGCGUAGGAACCGGCUGCGGGUGCAUAGGGAGGACUGGUCGCCAAGAAAAAGGGUGCCAUCGAUGA